AUGUUAAGAUCAACGUCAAAUAGUUCGUCAAACAGUAAUGGUCCAUCUGAUACUGAAAUGUAUGAAUUUAUACCAACUAUAAAUAAUGAAGAUAAUCUUAAUACAAUUCAACAUAUGGAAUCAAAUGUUUCACAUGAUACUUUAACCAAUCAAUCACAUCUACGAGUAAGACAAAAAACAAAAUACACACAUAACAAACCUUGA